AUGGGAGUUAAAGGUUAUCCUAGGGCUUGUGGCAUUUCUGGGGUACAAGGUGAUCCUGGGCUUCGUGGUGGCUUCCCUGGAUUCGGGACGAUCCAGGGGUUCAUGGCGUCCCCGGGACUCGAGGGGAUCUCAGGGUUUGCGGUGUCCCUGGGGCUCACGGCUUCUCCAGCGCUCAAAAAGAAGGGAGCUCAAGAUUAUAUUAUUAUUACUAUUGAAGAUGAGAAUGAGAACAAUGUUGAUGAUGAUGAUGAUGAUGAUGAUGAUGAUGAUGAUGAUGAUGAUGAUGUAGUGGUAAUAGAGGAUUCUGAAACAGAGAUUGCUCCAGACACAUCCACUGAGGACACAUCGUCCAUACAACCAAGUUUUCAAAGCCAUGAUGAUAACUAUCAGCAGCCAUCCCAAAUGGCAUAUGGUAUUGAAGGUGCUGUAGUCCCAGGUGAACAAGCAUUUUCACUAAUGAAUCGUCCAGCAAAUUUAAAAAGAUACAGUGCUAACUCAGUGGGGCUGGAUUUUAUGCCAUUGCAGAAAAGAGGACGAUCAUCUACUCCAAGAGACAAUAAUAUGGGGAGCAAUGUAUCUGGAGCUUUCUAUGAUGGAAAUCCUCGACAUCAACUUAGGGAACUUCAGCACUACUGCGAGGGUUUGCAAGAACUUAUUGAAAACACAAAUAGGCAGGUUAACCAGCUUUGUGGAAUCAUUUCAAAAAUGCAGCAGUCUUGGGAGAAAUCACCAAUGCAAAAGUGUGGAAACUGCAGCACAUCCGUGCCAACGGAAAACUGGGCGAACUGUGCCCAGGAGGAACCUGUAGGAGCAUCUAAUCAGCCUGAAGCGUGCCUUGAACUACAGCAGCCUGAUCACCAGGAGACUUCAUCCCUUCCCAGGAUUGUCUCCACACAUUCGUUGCAGCCAUGUCUCCUGCCAGAGAGCCCACUUCCUGGUCUCACUAUAGUAUCCUGCAUUUUCAGCGGAGGUGUGGAAAGUACCAACAAUGUCAUCCCACCUGCCCAGCCUGACAUAGCAGCACCUAUAGCAGUUCUGCCACCAGGAGAAACCAGCGUGGCCAGUAGCCAUGUUGAGAUGGAUUACCUGGCCGUUGUGGGGAAUGAGGGCAUGAAUCCAGAUGCUACCUUGCCGUGUGUCUGCAUCCCUCCCAAUUUUGAUAUGCCAGGAAUAGAAGAAGCCAGCCUGGAAAACAACCCUGAGAUAAUGAAUUGCCCUGCUGUAAUGGGAAAUGACAAUGACCAACAUUCUUCUUCUCCAUCGAAUACCAUUGAAAAAGUUGUACUGAUAGAAAUGCCGGGAAAAGCAGAAGCUAACCUGGAUGGCAAUUGUCAGACAAUAUAUUACCCAGCUUUAUUGGGAAAUAUCACUGACUCAGAAUCUGCUUCUUCAUCUAUCUCCAUCUCCUCCAAUCUUGUGCUGGGGGUUGAACCCAGGGUCUCACACAUGCCAGUAAUUGAAAAGGUUAUACUGAUAGAAAUGCCAGUUAAUAUAGAAGCCAGCCUGGAAAACAACCCUCAGGCAAGGAAUAACUCAGUUUCACUGGAAAAUGAUGAAGGCCAAGAUCAUGCCUCUUCAUCUCUUGUCAUCCGUCCCAGUUGUGAAAUAUCAAACCAAGAAGAAACUGGCCUGGAAAAGGACCCUCAGGUGAUGAACAACCCUUCUUUAUUGGAAAAUGGUAGUGACCAAGCUACUUCUUCAUCUUUUUGUCUUCCUGCCAGCAUUGAAUCUGGCCCAGAAAUAGGACCUGAAACAAUGAAUCGCCCAACUCUAAUGGAAAAUGGCAGCAACCAAGAUAAUAAUGCAGCAUCUCCCUUCAUGAAUCCUGGUUUUGAUACCAAAACUAUAGACAAAAAUAAAGACCCUGCCAACCCCAAUAUACCAGCGUCUGCAAACUUGAAUGAUGGAAGGAAUGGUGAUGGUGGCAAGGGCAGUUCUCAGUUGCUUCGGCAGAUAACUGCCUCAGAAACAAGAGAUAAUGGGAAUUCUGAGCAGAACAGAUAUUUUGGAAAUCCAUCUAGAAAUAUACAGAUACCACAAUCAGUAAUGGAGGUGGCAAGAGCCAAGCCUCGCCCAGAGCUGUCAGCCAGAUACCUUAUUCGCAACCUGUUCACAGAAGAAGUGCUGAUCAGAAGUAAUGUCUAUGGCAGUGUGGGGCGUGGCAUGUGUGCCCUUAACCCCAAUAGGAUUAAUGCUCUCCGAGAGUUUCUCCAGGACAACUAUAAGACAUGUGAUCUAUCGGAAACUGGAUAUGAUUGGAAGCUGUGUGUGACAGCCAUCAACAGCUGUAUCCGAAGUCUUAGACAUGACUUCAAGAAGUCCACGGCCAAAUCUCAGAAGUUUCCAGCAGUGGCUUCUUCCACAGAGUCAGAGCAAAGAGAUUCUGACCUCACCGACUCAAGCACUUAAACAUCAACCAUCCCACUUUGUUUAAAAUGUUAGAUCUUUCUAUAAGUUCCCCAAGUUAUAAUUCCCAAAUUAGCCUAUUAUAGCAACAAAGUAGUUUUGCAUUUAUGCCUGAAAAAAUGGCCAAGCUUUUUUUUCUGCCUGCAAGGGUUGCUGAAUUGUAGUAGGAAGAUAUGAAUGUUUUGUCUCCGGACAAAGUGAUUGGCAAUAUGCUGCCACAAAUCUCUGAUUGAGGGAAUAGUAGGAAACUUUUCCCUAAAAAUCAUUCUCUUUGCUGUUUGAAUGCACAACAAUAAUAAUAUGCUUUAGCACUUAAUGAUAAGCAAAAUCUGAGCAUUAGUAAAGCACAUAUAGAUAGGUAGGAAGCUAUAGUUGGAGGUGUAAAUCACAAUUUGCUUAGUAAGUUUUUUGUAGUAGACAUUCCGUAUUUGCCAAGUGACUUGAAACUACAGAGCUUAGGUGUGAACUCUGCUGAUUUAGAAGGGAGAUAUGGUUUAAAUAUGUACAAAACACCCAAAGUGGCUUUAUUAUAUAUCCAUCAAAAUCCUAGGAUUGGUAUCACAUUUGUUUGACCUAAGCCUUCCAGAGACAAGACCCAUGUUCUUUUGAUUUACUUUUAAUAAGAAUAACAUUCUUUUAAUUAUCAUUGUUUUUUGUCAAAGAAGUUCACUCAAGGUGGGACUCUCUGUCUCCUCCUAAGUGAUUUUAAUUUAAGAAUAUGUCACUAUGAACAAUAAAAAUCUAACCAAAUUCAGACACUGACAUUAUUCUUCGUUUUCAAAGUGUCUGGGUGAAGGUUUUCGUAUGUUUGUCAUGUUUUACUGAUAGAUUCUACUAUUUGGAGUGCAUAUGUCUUUAAAUUUUAACAAUGUUUAAAUGAAAGAAAAUAUUGAUCAGAAAUUUAAUUAGAUAAAAGUGAUCUUUAAGGAUAUUGGUGGGACUAUUGGAAAUUUUUUAAAAUUUCAUUUUACUCAUGAAGGGCUUUAUUUUUAACCUAAAUCCCUUAUUUUGAAGAAAAUUCUUUUUAAAUUUUGAAAUAGGGUCUUGCUAAAUUGCUGAGGGUCUUGCUAAGUUGAUGAGGCUGGCCUUGAACUUGGCGAUCCUCUGCCUUGGCUCUCCAACUCUUUGGAAUUAUAGGUGUGUGCCACUGCACUUGGCCCUAAGAAAAUUCUGGAAUGUCAUAGUCAUAGGAAGUAUGUGUAAUUUCAUUGUUUAAGAAAUAUUUUGUCAAUUGUAAUGCUAUCUUGAAUCUUUCAGCCUAACAAGCAAUUUUUUUCCUUGUAAGACUUAAACUAACUGACCUUAAGUAACUUCAGUUUUCUGAUAAAAUAGAGAAAGCAAUUCAAUAGAAAUCAUGUCCGCUAGUCACUCGGUCACAUACUAUAAUUUGUGGGAAAAUUGACAUCUUAUUUUUGUGAUGUGAGAUAUUUUAAGAUGCUUUUAUGUGACUGAUUUAUAGAAUUGUGCUUUCCUAUGAUACAUCUUUUGAAAAUUAAAUUCAGUUUUUAGAAUAUUUUAGUGAAAUACAGGGUAACUUUAUGAAGAUAAGAUAUAAAAGAAUUAUUUUAGGAGCCUGGGGAGAUAGCUCAGUAGUAUAGCACAUACUUAGCAUGAACAAGGACCUGGAUUCAAUCCCAGCACCCCUC